AGUGGGAGUUUGAGUAUGUGUGAGAGAGAAAGAGAGAGAGGGAGGGUCCAUUUCAUUUCUGCUGGUUUUGGCUGCUUUUACUCUUCCCCGCCUUUGUCCCUGCCGUGAAACCCAUUCAAUGGUGGAACCCUUGAAGGCUAACUUAGCUGUGCUAUGAUCUUCCGGAUCAUCCCGAGGCCUCAUGUCAUGCCAUGGAGUAUACCUCAAUUGCCUAUUUGGGUAACCUUUUUAUCCCACCACUGCACUGCAUGGGCUAUCGCCAUGGGCACCACCAGAGUCUACUGAACCCAUUGCUUACCCCCAGCCCAUUCCCAAACAUAUCCCCUAACCUCCUCCCCCUCAAGAAGAAAAACAAAAGGAAAAGGACUCAUCCCUUCCUCCCUCUCUCUCCACAAUCAAUCUCAUCUCAAAUCCGCUUCCCCAAAAACCCAACCUCAACCCCAAAUUACCCUUACACCCCCACCUCCCCCUCCUUCCCCCCGGACCCUAAACAAAAACAGAAACCCUUUCACCUGAACCCUGUCGCCCUCCUCCAAUUCCUCAUCUACGGCCUCCUAAGCGUCCUCCCAAACUUCAUCUGGCAACGCUACCUCGAAACCCAUUUCCCGGGGUUUCCGUCCUUCCACCGGUUAAAGUCGUCCUUCUUUUCCUCCUCUUCAGGGGGCACAACAGCAGCAACAACAACACCAUCACCACCACCCCCCAAAGGGGAGGUAUAUAUCUCCAUCCCGCUUGACACUGACCUCAAGGAGAAGAGACCGGGACUUUCUGGAGAUAAGGGUAGGGGUAACAGCAGCAGCAGCCGGUUCCUCCCUCGGAAGGUCACAACAGGCUCCAUUGGAGGGAAUGGAGGGAACGGGGUGCGCAACUUUCUGGCCAAGUUCUUGCUCGACCAGACAGUCGGGUCGGUGAUGAAUAUUGUGCUGUUUGUGGUGUUGAUUAAUUGGUUGAAGGGGGUGAGUUUGAGUGGGUGUUGGGGGUUGGUACUUGAGGACUUUCGACCUAUCAUGAUGGCCCGGCUCAAGUAUCGGCCGCUCGUCUCGGUGCUCAUGUACACGGUUGUGCCCGCGGAUCGGCGCGUGGUGUUUGGGAGUGCCUGUGGGGUCAUCUGGGGGGUGUAUCUGAGUUUGUAUGCCGUGGUUUGAGGGAUUUUCCUGAAUUGUUGCUGGAUUAUCUUAUACAUACCGACUGGGGCUUUCUGCGAACUUCACCAAGAUAAUCAUUGAUCUUCACAUCGCCGAUAGCUAUAAACAAGAUAUAUGGAUUUAGUAUCUUAUAUCAUCACGUUAAUCAUCCAAUACACCUCGCUUGCCG